AUGUGCAACUUUUUCAAAAACUAUUACAUUUAUUCCACCUGCUCCAAUCCCGCCGCCCACUUUCUUCGCACUGAAAUGGAGGGGACAAAAGACAAUGGCACCUGCAACGACAGCCCACACGACCGCUUCAUUGUGGUGGUUGGCAAAUGUAUCCUUUGCUCGUCUGCUCGAUGA